AUGCUGCCGCGCCGUGUGACGACGGUGACGAUGGGCGUCUCCGUGGGAAAGAAUUUUAGAAAGUACUGCCUCGCACGACACUGGGCACAGCUCGAGCGCGCGGUCCGCCAUGAGCGGCAGGCGCAGGCCACGGAGCCGCCCGCGAGCGCGAGCCCUGCGGCGCCGCCAGCCCCUGCCGCCGAGCCGCCAGCUGCGGAGCCGGCGACCAACAUGACGAAGCGCGGGCAGCAGCAGCGCGGCAAGGGCCGCAGUGCCAGCGGCCGCGCCAGUGCUGGACCCCGGCUCGUCGACAAGAACGCGCUGUCAGCGCGCGGCGGCGGGCCCUCGCGCCAGUCGCGCUCUCCCUCACCGGACUCGCCGCCCGCCAAGCGGGCGUCCUCCGCCGACUCCUCCGGCUAUGACACGGAUCUACCGGACGAGGAGAAGCUGGCGAAGACGGAGGGCGGCAACGGAGAAAGCGACACCAACAACGAGGGAAACGGCCACAGCGGCUGUCGCAUGUUGCUCGGCUGA